UUAAUCACUUCGCCAAGUACCUACCUACAUAUAUCAUUAGUCACACGAAUUAGUUUCUCUUAUUAAUUUCAUGGGUGUUAAAUAAUCAGUUAAUAAAUAUGACUAGAAAUCAACGUGAUGUGCCACUAAGACUUUUAGAAACUAAUUUAGAUCAUGAAUUUUCUAAAUCUAAGGAAAGUGUAUAUUCCAUGCAGUCAAUGUUAGAAUCAUUAGAUGAAAGAGGUUGCUGUGACAGGUGCCUUACACGAAUUCCAUAUGCUACUCUCAUUGCAACGAUUAUGUGUGCCUUAGGUGUUGUCGUAUUCUGUGGUACUAUGUACAGAGGUGCGACACUUGCCGUAUUAAUGUUUAGUGAAGUGUUUAGUAUGCAGCUAUUUUGGGUAGAUGCAGUUAAAAUGACAUUUGUCUUAAUUGGUGCCUGUAUGGGAGCAUUAGGAUUGAUGAUUUUAACAGUGGGAUUUUUAGCUACUGGUGCCACCAGACAUAAGGUCUAUAGAGGCUGGGGAUCAAGAGUUAGUGGACGGCUUAGUUGCGCUACGUUCAUGUGUAUCACUUACGUUUUGCAAAUAGCCUGGCUGCUGAUGUUCUGCUUCUUAGUAAUUGUAACUUUUGUUUUUACAAUAUUUUGGAAAAUGUGCGAAAAUCCCAGAGUUGCUUCAUUACAAGAUGACAUCGAUUUAACACAAUUUUAUUUCAUGUUCCCUGCUGGUACCAGACAAGAGCAUAUGAAAGUGUCUGGAGAGAGCAAUGUAAAAGCAUUCUGUAAAGAUUAUGUAGAAAAAGUUGAGUUAAUGUUUAUAUUGGCAACUGUUGCUUCUGUACUGGUCAUUCUAAGUUUGGUACAUUACCUUAUGUGCCUUUCUGCGAAUUAUGCACAUAUCCGCGAUCAGGAAAAAUUUCUACAGUUCCAAGAUCUCCAAAUGUUGAAUGAUAAUGACAUGCUUACUGGGAAGGAUAGAUUCUAGGAUACAGCCCAGGAAAUUCACAUGCCUGAAAUAAGGUGGCAACAUGUAACAUGACAUCUACACCUGCACCUACAACUAUGUUGGACAAAAUGUUGCAGUCGAUAAUUCUCAAAAUUAUUUUAGAUUGAAUCUUAUCGAAGCGUUAAAAAAAUCUUUAUAACAAAUCAAAUUUUUAAAUCUACUUACUAAAUAGUUUUUUGUAAUAAACACUAAAAAAAAAUGUUUCUUCAAUUAUAAAGGUUUCUUAUUUUUGUCCAACAUAGUGCUCAGGUUUCUGUAUUUCCUGGGAACUUUUUGCACAUACACAUUUAGAAAAAUACGUACUAUUUCCGUCCAAGGGUUUUUUUAGUAAAAACUUCUUUCCGAUUAUAUUUAUUAUAUUAUUUCAGUUGAAGAAAUUAUUUAAUUGCUUUAUGCAGGAUAGAAAACUUUUUUGUUAAAUUGGCACAAAAAAUUCAUGUUUUACUUACAUCUCUUGAAAAUGAUUCUGUUUUGCAUUUGAAACAUUAAAAUUCUAUUCUUUAUUUUGAAUUUUUUUGCCAAGAGAAUUCUCUACGUGAGCUUUGAAAUCAGCCCCUAAAAACCAGUUGAGGGUAAAGUGUAAAAUUUAACUUCACAAUGUCUAUGUCAACAAUCAGUUUUAACAUAAACUAGCCUAUUUUUGAACAGUAGGCGAUUAAUGCUCCGUGUUAUACAUAAUAUUGCUUGAGUAGAGCUCAAGUAAUUAAUAUCAGUAUUUAUUUAGAGAAAUAGAAAAUGGAGACAAGGACUCUAGGAACGAAUGUUUGUUUAAAUUCUAAAAUAUUUAAAAUUUAUAAAGAAUGUACUCCUUGAGUAAAUAAAUACUAUUUUACUAAGUACCCUUUAUACAAGCAUCUAGUUAUAUUAUAGUAAUAAGUUAAAUGUACAACUUUAGAUACAAUUUUUUUGUUAAUCUACUCACAUUUUUAUUUUAUAUUGCACAGAUUAUUGAUAUAAGUACUUUU